AUGGAUACAACAAAAGCGAAUGAGUCGGGAAAAACACAACAGGAGGAUGGAACAACCGCUGCAGAAAGUAUAUUUGGAUCUAUGACAGGGAAGACACCGAUACAGUGCCGGAGGAUGGUAGAUAAAUUUGCACAGGCAUUUCUUCAGAGAAGGAAAGAGAGAGCUGAGCUCGAAAGCUUGGCAGAGCUACAAGCAGUUGAAGAAAGUUUUUACAUGCACAAGCAAAACUCGGAAGCGGAAGGACAUACGUCAUCAAACAUCACAAGGGCGAGCAAACAAAAAUGCAAGGACUUCGAUUUAAAUGAGGUGCUCAAAUUCGAGAACGAAGACAACGAAGGAUAUGCUGAUAGCAACAUCCCAGAAUUGCAUGCAGAUGGUGCAUCAUUUGCUGGUGAGAAUGCAUGCCCAGCUGACAAUGCUGAUUAUUCAAAUGGUGAUGAGCAUGGGAACAAAGAAGAUGAAAAAUAUGAAGAAACUCUUGAGUCAGUGCUGAAUCCAGAGGAACCGACUGCUGAAGAGCUUGAAAUGGACAGAAUGUUUGCAAACAAGAAGUAUCCAACAAUGCAAGAGAUAUCAGAGGCAUCUACUCCCACAGUUGGGAUGGAAUUCGAUUCAAAAGAUGAUGCAUUCUUCUUCUUUGCAGUAUGUCGUGACGAUACAUACGUUGACAGUGCACUCAGACAGAGACGGACUUCCAGGAUUGUGCAGACAAAAUGCAAAGUCAGAAUGUUUGUGAAGGAAUACAGAGGAAAGUGGUCAAUAAGUAACGUAAGACUAGAACAUAACCACAACCUAGCUCCGUCAGAGUGGAUAGUAAGGUUCAUGAAGUGUCACAGGUCAAUGUCUGCAUCAGACAAGACUCUAAUCCACAUCCUACAAGAAACAAGAGUUCCACCCAGGAACAUAAUGAAAAUAUUCAGGAAAAUAAGGGGAAGCUUCAGGGCAGUUCCAUUUGAUACAAAAAACCUAGAGAACGAGCUAGCAAAAGAAAGAAAGAAAAUUAAGAACAGGGACAUUGAAGAGUUGUUGCUACUAUUCAAGGAAGCACGUGAAAAGAUGCCUGGAUUCAGACAUUCACUUGAUGUUGACAGCGAUAAUAGAGUGAAAAGUAUAUUUUGGACAGACCAAAUAGGGAGGGCAAACUACUCAAAGUUUGGUCAAUUUGUAUCAUUUGAUACAACAUUUUCAACCAACCAGUAUGGGAUGCCAUUUGCUCCAAUAUUAGGGGUUGAUAACUAUGGCAAAACAGUCGUGUUUGGAGUAGGACUGCUGGAGGAUGAGAGAGCAGACACUUUCAAGUGGCUGUUUGAGGAAUUCCUGUCUGCUAUGGACAACAAGCACCCAGAAACUAUAAUAACAGACCAAGACGUUGCAAUGAGGAUUGCAAUAUCUAAAGCAUUACCUUACGCAGUGCACCGUUUAUGCAACUUUCACAUCAGCAAGAACCUGGAUGACAAGUUGUCCCUAUUCUUCGCAGUAAGAGGGACUCUAAAGGAAGAACUAAGAGCGGUUAUAAGGAACUCAUUUACUCCAGAGGAAUUCGAAAAUAGCUGGCAUGAUCUACUGGAGCGUCACAAUGCUUUGGGAGAGCCACACAUGGACAGGAUAUAUGACAUCAGAGCUCAGUGGGUCCCAGCAUAUUUCAAAGAGAGAUUCUUCCCAUUCACUUCAUCGACGGGGAGAAGUGAGAGCACAAACUCCUUAUUCAAACACUAUGUAAAAAGGAAGGACUCGAUUGCAACAUUCUUCAAGGAGUAUAUCAUAAUACAAGAAAAAAAACAGUCCGACCUAGAUCGCCUAAGAGAGAAAAGUGAGUUCAAGGAGUCUGUGAAUUGGGGAUUCAAUCCUCUUGAAAGGGAAGCAAUGAAAAUCUACACAGACCCAAUAUACGACAAGUUUGCUGAAGAGCUAAGGAAGGGUACUGCUUACAACGUUGAAGUUGUGGAAGAGAAGAGAUUGUACAGAGUUAUUAGGGUGGCAAACUAUAGAAAUGCAGAGUUCCCCAGAUUAAUAUAUGUGGUUACUGUUUCCUCUGAUGACGAUGUGUACAAAUGCUCGUGCUCUAAGAUGGCUCGUGAUGACCCACAAGUAUAG